AUGUCUCAAGAAAUUUCAUAUACACCAGCUGUCACGGAGCUGCUAGAUUUCGACAAAAAACAUAUUUGGCAUCCUUACACGUCAUUAAAAUCUCCAUUGAAUGUCUAUCCGGUGAAAAGUGCUCAUGGAUGCAAGCUCGUAUUAGACACCGAUUCACCAGUGGACGUCGAGGUGAUCGAUGCUAUGUCGUCCUGGUGGUGUGUUAUUCAUGGAUAUAAUAAUUCAGAACUAAAUGAAGCUCUUACCAACCAAAUGCUCAAGUUUUCUCACGUGCUUCUUGGUGGGUUCACCCACAAGGGAGCGGUGAAUCUUGUGCAAAAACUUCUAAAAGUGAUAGACGAGCCUACUUUGCAGUAUUGCUUUCUCGCAGAUUCUGGCUCAGUAGCGGUCGAAGUGGCUUUGAAGAUGGCUCUGCAAGCAAACAUGUCAGAGGAAGCUACAAAAAACAGAACAAAGUUUCUGACAAUCAAGAACGGGUACCAUGGUGACACCUUUGGUGCCAUGAGCGUGUGUGACCCCGAAAAUUCUAUGCACUACAUCUACAAAGAUCGUCUCAGUGAAAAUAUCUUUGCCCAGGCUCCUUCAAUUAUUGAUGGACUUCCAACAAGUCAGAACGGUUUUGAGGAUCAUUGGAAUGAAGAAGAAGCCAACGACAUUAAGAAGCAAUUUGAACUACAUAGCGACGAGAUUUGUGCUGUUAUUUUGGAGCCUAUCUUACAGGGUGCAGGAGGGUUAAGACCAUACCACCCGCAAUUUUUGAUUGAAGUUCAGAAGCUGUGCAACCAGUACGAUGUUUUAUUUAUCAUGGAUGAAAUUGCCACUGGAUUUGGCAGAACAGGUGAGAUCUUCGCAUUCAAGCACUGCCAAAAAUACCAGGACAAACUUGGCAUCAGUUCUGCUAAACAGGUGAAUGUUGUUCCUGAUAUAAUGUGCGUGGGAAAGGGCUUGACUAGUGGGUACAUGACCAUGAGUGCUGUAGUAGUCAACGACAAAGUCGCUUCCAGAAUCUCUUCUCCAAACAGCCCUACUGGUGGCUGCUUUAUGCACGGUCCAACGUUCAUGGGCAAUGCCUUAGCAUGUAGCGUCGCAGAAAAGUCUAUGGAUAUAUUGUUACGUGGCGAAUGGAGAAACCAAGUGUCUAGAAUUGAAAGUCAAAUCUACAGAGAAUUGUACAAGUACAUAAAAACCCCUGAAAACGGGCUCAUUGGAACUAUUGUUAAACGUGUAUCUGUUAUUGGCGCUGUCGGUAUCGUGGAACUCUACCAGAAGACUGAUCCUGAGUGGUUUCAAAAGAAGUUUAUUUCUAAAGGUGUACACAUCCGGCCUUUUAACUGUCUGUGUUACAUCAUGCCACCUUAUGUGAUCACCACAGAGGAAAUGUCACAGGUUAAUCAAGUCUUGAUAGAAGUCCUGCAUGAGUGGAAAGCCCACAUAAGCCAAUGA